CCUCUUCUGCGGGGAUCAGAAUGAUUCCUAUAUAAGACAGCUCCUUGAUGUCGCAAUUUACAAGAUAUCAAGCUCAUCAAGACCAGUUCCGCCUGUGAUUAUUUGAUCCAUCUUUCCAAUCGUCUCGAUCACCGCUCUAAGCCUUUCACCAUGCAGAUCACCAAGAUUUCCCUUUUCCUGUUCGCUGCCAUAGCUGCGGUUGCCAAUCCCAUUGAUGCCGAGUCCGACGGCAUCGUUGAAAGAGACGUGGAUGCUGCCGACAUCACGUACACAGGACAAUGUUUCAGAAAGAAUAAUGAAUGUAGAUACGUGGCUAAUGGGAAGACACACUAUGUCAAGUGCCCCUCUAAAUUCGCCAACAAAAGGUGCCAGAUGGACAAGCAUAAGUGCACAUUCGACUCCUACAGUAGAGUGGUCAACUGUAACGCCUAAUAGCGAUAAGACUAUUUCAAAUGGUUGUUCCUGGGCAUUCUUCUUACGAGAAAGUGUGAGAUGCCGUGCGAUUCUCAAUGCCUACAAUUCGCGUCAAGAGGGGCUAGGGAAAAAGCAAUAUUGAGCGUAUGCUGGGUUGAUACAUGUGUGAUCUGCAUUCCCAGCAUCUCGCUUUUCUGUGAUUCUUGCUAUGACCACACUCGUUUAGUAUCUAGCUGGAUAUUUGUGCU